AUGUAUUGUACGACGGCCGAACUGCACAUCGUUUCUGUUGUAGAAAUGCGUAAUCAUGGCAGUGAAGCAUCAUCUGACGACAACUGCUAUCAUCGGUGUCGUCGAGAUCGCCACCGCCACCGUCAUCGUCGUGGAUGUCGUUCGACUCGUCGAUGUCGCCGAGAGAAAAGAGCGCUUCUUCAGCACCUUAUGAAACAGUGUAUUCAAUAUCAGGAACAAAUCUAUGAGAAUCAAUCUGAAAUCAACCAACUCAAAGAUCAAAUCGAACGGCUAUGUGUAUUGCCUGGCAAAUUAUUUGAUGGCCUGCGCGACAUGGCGUCUGUGCUUCGUUCAAUCCAAGAUCAUCUCAAUGAAUUUCAUCAACUCUAG